AAUGAAGCUGAUAAACAACGAUUAAAACAAUUAAUCAAUUAUGACAAUUGGAACAUUCGACAAAACCCAAAGUUGAAAACUAUUGGUUAUAUUUUAUUUAAGGAUUAUGAUAGUUCUUAUAGAGUUAACUUCAAUUGGUCACAAUCAGAGUUUAAAGAAAACAAUC